GUUUCCAGAGGGCACAGCUGGUUUGAUGCCCGCGGCUCCACAAUGGAGCUAUCUGACUCAGUCACACAUAAGAACGGGCGGCAGAGGAAGCCUGCUGUCCCCCAGGGGGACAUGAGUGACGGGAAUAGGGUUCGCAACACCACCCCUGACCUGGAGGAGGAGGGGGAAGCGUUGCUUCGAGGAUCCGACACGGAGAACAACGGACAACCCAGUGUGCAGCCUGGGAUCAGAGGGGAGCUGGGGAACGUAUCUCUGCUGCUCUUCCUUUAUGUCCUCCAGGGUAUCCCUCUGGGCCUGGCCGGGAGCAUCCCUCUCAUCCUGCAGAGUAAGAACGUCAGCUACAAGGACCAGGCCUUCUUCAGCUUUGUCUUCUGGCCCUUCAGUCUCAAGCUGCUGUGGGCCCCGCUGGUUGACGCGCUCUACCUGACCUGGUUUGGACGCCGGAAGUCGUGGCUGGUGCCCACCCAGUACCUGCUGGGUCUCUUCAUGCUGUACCUGUCGGUUACCGUGGAUACGCUGCUGAAAAGUGAUGAGGGGCAGGGUCCUGAUGUGAUAACCCUAACGGCGGUGUUCUUCAUGCUGGCCUUUCUGGCAGCCACCCAGGACAUAGCAGUGGAUGGCUGGGCUCUGACCAUGCUGUCUAGGGAGAAUGUGGGCUACGCCUCCACCUGUAACUCUGUGGGACAGACUGCUGGCUACUUCCUAGGCAACGUGCUCUUCCUGGCUCUGGAGUCAGCUGACUUCUGCAACAAAUACCUGAGAGCAGAGCCUAAAGAGACUGGCAUCGUGACACUGUCAGACUUCCUGUUUUUCUGGGGCGUGGUGUUCCUGGUGUCGACCACGCUGGUGGCCAUUAUGAAGAAGGAGAACGCCAGGGGACAGCACGGGAGGAAGAAGGUCCGGGAGGAGACGCAGAGCGUCAUGGAAACAUACAAACUGCUGCUCUCCAUCAUCAAGAUGCCUGCCGUGUUCACCUUCUGUAGCCUGCUGCUCACUGCUAAGAUGGGUUUCUCUGCAGCAGAUGCAGUGACCGGUCUGAAACUGGUAGAGGCAGGUGUUCCUAAAGAGCAGCUGGCAUUACUGGCAGUCCCCAUGGUUCCACUGCAGGUACUACUACCUCUCAUCAUCAGUAAAUACACCGCGGGACCACGACCACUAGACGUCUUCUACAAGGCCUUUCCCUUCAGUAUGCUGUGUUGUCUCUACUACUAUACUAUAGUGUGGUGGACACUGUUCACUAGUUUAAAGCAGGAAGGGGUAUUCCCUCUCUACUACUACACUAUAGUCCUGUUCAGCUACGCACUGCAUCAGGUGGCGCUGUACAGCAUGUAUGUGGCCUGUAUGGCUUUCCAUGCUAAAGUGAGUGACCCAGUGAUUGGUGGGACUUACAUGACCCUGCUGAACACUGUCACCAACCUGGGGGGAAACUGGCCCUCCACCCUGGCAUUGUGGAUGGUCGACCCACUCACCUCAAAGGAGUGUCAGGGAGCUGCUGGGCAGAAAUGUGGCUCCCCAGAGGAGACGGGGCUGUGUGUUAAGGAGGGCGGUGUGUGUGUGACGUCGUUGGAUGGUUACUAUGUGGAGUCGGUGGUGUGUGCGUUGAUAGGACUAACGUGGUGGGUGUGGCUAGGGAACAGGAUGAGAAGGCUACAGGACCAGAGCCCUGCAGCGUGGAGGUGCAGGAUCGGUCAAUGACAACGUUCACCCAGCUCCUGACCCCAGCAAGGCCAAUCGCCAGACAGGUACAGUCUGAUAUAAAAGCUUCUGUCAGCUCAGCCUUUGACCCUGGCCUGAACAUCACUUCCUCUCUCUGAUUUCUGUUUUUCUGUCUUCCUCCGACUCUCUUUAUUUCUCUCCUUCUCUGAUGACUCUUCUCAGUGUCCCCCUUCUUCCCACCCUUUGCUCUGUGUAUAUAUUAUCCUUCAGCAGUCUGUCUCUGCGGUAACUGUAAUUGUGGUCCGGCCACCACAAGACUAUGGACCAUAACGGUCAAUAACCACAUACUCUCUUGGAGAGUCAAGAGUUAUAUUUCUCCUUGCAACGUCACAUCCUCACCAUGGCUUCUGUGGGUGCCGCUUCAACUAUGUCCCAUUGGAAACAAAAAAGGAACUAUUCUUCUUGCUAGGAAUAUUUACAGUAGACAUAGCUGCUCCUUCUCAAUCCACAUUGUCUGCUACUUAAACUAUUUCACUUUCUCACUGUUUAUUUGUGCCUUGCUCUGUUCUUCAAAGACUUGGAUUUUAAAGUUGGUCAGAUAUUUUUAAAAAGGCAUUCAUCAACGAACGGUCAUAAAAAGCAAACCACACAUAUAUGGAUGGUUAAAUAUGAACUUUGAGAUGUACAGACAAGACCUAGUUGAUAAAUAGAUCACGUUUCUGUGUGGAACAUGGGAGUCAGAAAUCACAUUUCUAUUCUUGAUGUUAAUCUAUUGUCCCUUUGAAAGAAAUGCCUAAAUUAUAACUACUGUUUUAAUAUACACUGAGUGUACAAAACGUUAGGAACACCUUCCUAUUGAGUUACUAUGUUAAACGUUCCUAAUGUUGAGUCCUUUUGCCAUGUUGACUCCAAUGCUUCCCACAGUUGGCUGGAUGUCCUUUGGGUGUUGGACCAUUCUUGAUGGGAAACUGUUGAGCGUGAAACUCAGCAGCGUUGCAGUUCUUUACACAAACUGGUGUGCCUGGCACCUACUACCAUACCCUGUUCAAAGGCACUUACAUUUUUUUUUUCUUGACAAUUCCCCCUCUGAAUGGCACAAACACAAUUCAUGUCACAAUUGUCUCCCGGCUUGAAACUCCUUCUUUAACCCGUCUCCUUGCCUUCCUUCAUCUCCACUGAUUGAAGAGGUGACAUCAAUAAGGGAUCAUAGCUUUCACCCGGUCAGUCUGUCAUGGACGGUUCUUAAUGUUUUGUAUACUCAGCGUAUGUCUCUAACUUUUUGAAUACAACAGUGUUUUCUCUAUAGCAGCAAGGUUGUGUGAAAGGGAGAAGGGAGUAAACCUGUAUCGGUUCUGUUUGGUUUAUGUCAUAGAAAAUGUUAAUGUUUUUCUGUUUGUUAAUUCUCAAGAGUUAUUUUUAUUUAUUUUGGGGCUCUAUUCUACAUCAGGCUGAACAAAAUAAUUUGCAUUGAUUCAUGUGUGGGACACUGAUAAAACAGAUUCUGUGUUUCUCCCUUAAUGUCUGCCCCCAACCACCUGUCCACAUUCAGAUGGGGCUCAGCUAAAGGUGAAAGUCAGGGUUGGUGUAUAAUGAGAUGAUCCUAGAUCAGGUUGUUCUCCUUUUGUGUGUGUGUGUUCG